GCAUCCUAGUAAGGAGUGUGGUCAUGUGAAGAUUUAUUUAGACCAAGCUCUCACGACCGCGUUCCAGCAGGUCCUGGGUAUAAGACGACGUCACCCCUUACCAGCGGGACGCACACGCAAAGCGAGCGAUCAAGAAUCAACAAGCAGGUUUUUACUUUACUAUCCUCAUAGACUUAAGUAGUUAAAAUUUACCAAAUUCAUUUUUUGAACAACACUGCAAAUAGUUCUAGAAUGAAUAAUCAAAUUGGAUUGACCAUUUUGAGUUCGGUACUCGACAAAUUGUCGUACCAAAACAAAAUAUUGUCACCCGGUCAAGACGACUCGAAUGGCAUAGACGUCAGAGAACUCCACAAAUUGUUGAUGAAAGGAUGCUACUUAACAGGCCAGGAUGAUGACAUAACCAACAUUCUGGAUAAUAAUCUUGGAACAGGAGCAAUACCAAGUGGAGGAGCAAGUUUAAUUUUAAUACCACCUUCAUUGUUGGACGAACCAUAUAAUUACGAUUUCACGAACAUUUCUGAUAACGGCGUAGAGUUCAGUAGAGGAGGGUCGAUUUAUACACGCCCGUGCGGAUGGCAACGCUACGCAUUGAAAGUCAAAGGCAAGUAUCCGGACGACAUUUGGCUAGAAGGGAGAACACCUCGGGCUGAUGAAUACUCGUCAGCUGAAGACGAAUGGGCAGUGUCCUACCACGGAACGUCUUACAACAACGGUCUCUCAAUCGCAGAGGAAGGAUAUAAAUUGAGUAAAGGAGAGCGUUUCUUGUACGGCAAAGGUAUUUACUCGACCCCCGAUAUCGGGGUGGCAUCCCUAUAUGCUGCUGAAGCCAACGUAGAUGGAAAAAACUAUAAAGUUGUCAUGCAAAAUCGUGUCAACCCAAAAAAUGUAGAAAAAGUUCCCAAAGCUAAAACUGGUGUGGGGGAAUAUUGGAUCUCGCCCGCCGACGAAGAUAUUCUCCCUUAUGGCUUCUGCGUUAAAGAAAUUUAAUUUGUGUUUGCAUCUUCAAACAUUGGAGCCAAUAAAAAUUCUUUAAACUGAA